AUGCUCUCUCAGCCCCUCCACGUCUUUGUUUCUUUUGGAUCCUGCGGCUUCUAUGGAUUUGUUGAGAAGAACAUUGAUGAACUGGAAGCUGAGGAAGGUGAAGCAUCUAGAGUUGAGAAUGCUGAUAGUGUUGAAAGUGAAGAUAAUAUUGUAGUUGAUGACUCCCGCUGUGACAAUGCUGGUUUUCAAAACAAGGAUGAUGAAGAAUUUGAGAAUGACACAACAAUCGGAGGUUCUGAAGAUGUCCAAGAUUUAAAUGCGACCUUGGAAAAACUUACAGUGCUCACAUUGAAGCAAGCUACAGAGGAAUCUAUUUCAAACUUCACUGACCAUUUGGAUACUCCAGUGCAACUCAAAGAAGACGAGCAUAACGUGGUAGAAGUUUGUUCAGCUCGAAACGGAAAAUGCUGCUUAUAUAAUUGCUGA